AUGAAUAUUUUGAAACGCACAACGUUGGUUAGAAAAAACCCCACAUGUUUACACAUACGAAAGAAUCAGAUAUACUCGAAAAAUGAUUUAACCCAUGAUAUAUUUGAAAAUGAAAAAUGCAUAGACAAAUUUGAAGAGUUCAAAGAAAAAAAAAUAAUUUAUAAAAAAGAUUAUAAAGAUUACAUGAAAUUAUAUGAAUGUUAUAAGCCUUAUUAUACAAAGCUAAUUGUAGAAAAAAGAAAUUAUUUCAAUUUUUCUAUUUGCUGGACAUUCAAUGAUGAAAGGUCUGUGUGCGUGAGUAACGACACAAAUAAAAAGGUGAAAAGUUUUACAGAUACAUUAUGUAAGCUGAAAGUGGAAUUGUCCAAAAUAAGACAAUAUAUAGACAACAAGGAAAAUGGGUUACAACUUAGUGGUGUAAGGAAAUCUCAAGAUAGAGACACAAGUUCAUUAAAAAAUGUACGAACCGUAAACAUUGCUGCAACAAGUGUGAACUUUACAAAUAGCGAAAAUAAAAAAAAUAUAACAGAUGAGGAAAGGAAACAAAAAGAACAUGAGAAAAUUAGUGAGAAAUUGUCGAAUGAAUGGAGGAAUAAUCCCAUCCCGUCGUCUGCACACGGAAAGGAAAGAGACUCUUAUGUGGACAAGCCUAGUGAUACAAAGCAAAAAGGGAAUCGAAGUAGAUACCAAACAAGGGAACAAGAAGAAGAGGAAGAAAAAAAAAAUAGCAAAAAAAUGAAUUACACAAAGUUGAAUAAAAUAUGGGAAAGUUUUCUAUUUCAUAAGGAAAGAAGUAAUAUUAAGGAAGAAAAAAUCAAUUUUGAAAUUUUAAGAAAAACUUUUUUAAAAGCACAAUUUUUUGAAAAAAAUAAAAAAAAAGAUUUCCAAUUUUUUGAAAAUAUAUUAACUGAUUUGUUACUGAGGCCAGACAUAUUUAUAAGUGCUUUGAAUUCGUUAUAUUUUAUCUUUUUCGACAUGAAAAUAAGUGAUACAAAUUGUUAUAAUGUUUUUUUGAAGAAGGAAAAAGUACACACAAGUAGUGACUUCUCAAGGAGUGGAAGUUACAAUUUGCUCUAUGACCCAUCGAAAGAAGAGUGCAUUCAUUCAUGCAAAAACAUAGAGAGGGAAAAAAAAAUAUCGGGCAGCGUAUUGUUACAUUUAGCUAAUCCUAAGAAGGAAAAGGAAGACGAACAAAAUAGUUCUACAUUUGCAAAAAAGCAGGGCAGCAAAGAAGUGAAAAAGGCGAGAAAUAGUAAUGCAUUUAAUGAAAAAAAUACGAUUGAUGAAAGUAUUCCUUAUAAAAUUCCAGCUAAGGAUGAAACAAGUGGGAAAAUCAGAAGAUACAUAUUAAAUUAUCUGUUCAAUAUAUAUUAUGAAAAACAUAUAGGAUUAAAGAAUAUGCAUAAAACAUUCGACAUACAUCUAACAUAUAAAUUACGUUAUUGUAAGAAGGAAGGUAAUUUAUAUAAGUUUAUCGCUUCAAGAGGAAUUGAAAUUGAGAACAGAAAUAUUAUUUUAAUAAAAUGUAACAAAAUAAGUGGUUCAUUUUUAGUAGGAUUAGUAAAAAAAAUUCAGAAAACAAAAGAUUUUUCUAUUCUUUAUGUAAAUAUCAAAAGGUACAAUUGCAACAAAAUCGGGACUAAUGUUGUGAAAUUAUAUGAAGAGAUGGAUUUAAGUGACGAAUACAUGGAAAUCUACUUUAAUAAAACUCAUGUAUUUCCUGUUGAAUUUUCUCAUGAAUUUAAAAAUCCAUGUAUCUUUACAUCAACCAGUAGAGAUAAUUGUCCAAAUGUAGGUGAUAUCCACCAAAACGAGGAGAAGAAUGACACAAAUGUGUAUGAAGCUGUUAUACUAUCGGUUCACCUCAGUACAAUUUCGAAUAGGAUAAAAUAUUCCAUGCUUAGUCUUUUUGAAAAAAAAAAACAAGUUCCCAAUAAUCAAAUUUUAGAGUUAUUACUAAAUGAGGAAUAUAACCAUUCACAUGUAUGUGCAUCUGAGGAAUCGCUAUCUAGCUGUGCCAUGAUGCACAGAGAUGGAGGUUACAAUUUUCUAAUCCAAGAAGCUAUAAAUAAAUUUUUCCAAAAUAGAAAAAAUGAAAUGACUUUUCUCAAUAUUAUAAAUAAAGAUCUUAUAAAAAAUGAUAAAAUAGUCGGUAAGCUUCACAAGAAACUAAAGAAUAACAUGGACGAAUUUUCCCGAAUGUGUAAUGUGUACAUAAAGUUCGAUAUUUAUCAGAAGAAUGUCUUGCGGGACAUUUUACUCAAUGAAGGGGAGAUCCCUGUGCACCUCAUUCGUGGUGCUCCGGGGAGUGGAAAGAGUGACCUGAUAUCUUUCAUAAUUUACUUCCUAACACUAGAGAGGAAAAACAAUAUUUUUGUCGGCACGAGCAAGCACAUUUCGGUGCAAAAUAUUCGUGAGAAGUUACUGCACUUUAAGUUAUGCCUGAAUAGAGACAAUGUACAAAGGUCGAGGAAUCAGAAGUCGGAUAUAUAUAUAGACACGAUAUAUCAAGCAUUUAAAAUUAAAGAUAAGAAAAUAAAACAUUUAAUUAUUGAUGAAGCUUCUAGUUUAUCCGAAUACAACAGUUUAAUUUGUCUAAAUCUGAAUUGUGAAUUCAUUUACGCCUUUGGUGACGACAAACAGUUAACUUUUCAUAGUUUGAUAUAUGAAAAAAAGAAAUUACAAAUAAAUUAUCUAAGCAUUUUUGAAAAAAUAAAACGUUAUAAAAACAUAAAAUAUCAUCAUUUACUAAUUCAGUAUAGGUUAAUUUUUCCAAUGUAUUUAUUUAUUUCUUUUUAUUUUUACAAGAAAAAAUUAAUUGCUUCUAAAAAAAUUAUGGACAAUUUUUUUCAGUUAGAAAAAAAUAAAUGCAAUCUUUUUAAUACCCUAUCAGGGGAGGAGGACCUUCUACGCAUCUUGAAGAAAGAAAACCUUUUUCAUCAUUGCUCGAUACCAAUUCUGUUUAUCGAUACGUAUGAAGCCGAUUUAAAUUCACAAACGUUUGAGGAAAAAAUUAAUUAUUCUUACAUAAACCAGUUUGAAGCAGAUAUCAUUUUAAAACUGGUAAAAAAUUUGAAUAUAGAAAAUCAAAAAAAUAUUACUAUCUUAACUCCUUAUACAAGCCAAAAAUUGUAUAUUCAGUGUAUUUUAAAAAAUACACAUUUGGAUAAUAGAACUCAACGUAAUGAUCCCCAAUUCGAUCAGCAUAAAAAGAAUAAUAAUAAAGAAAUAUGCAAACAUUUGAUGUAUCAAACCAUGGUUGAUCGGUCUUCUAGUGAAAACAUGCAAAAAGUAAGUCCAAUCACAUGUGCAAGAAACGAAACAAAUUCGAAUUCUAACCACAGUUAUGGCCAAAUAUUUAGUCUCUUUAAAAAUGAUCAUUUGAGAGCAGGAACUAACGAAUCUAAUCGUGUGUCUCCAUGGGAAGAUAUAUUUGAAAUAGGUUCUUUUGCAGACCGUCAAGGUGGGCUUAAAGGAGGGCAUGAAGUGGGGAAUGAAGUGGGGAAUGAAGUGGGGAAUGAAGUAGGGCAUAAAGUAGGGCAUAAAGUAGGGCAUAAAGUAGGGCAUGAAAUAGGCCUUGAAUUAUGCCAUGAGGUAGGGAACCAAUCCAGGUUCCACAGGGGCCAUCCGAAUGAUACGGAUCCUUUUAGCGACCUUUUUUCCAAUACCUUUUUACGAAAGAGUGAAAAAAUUGGCGAAAAUAAUUUUAGUUUUUCGGAGAACAAAUUUCCCAUAGCUUUGAAGAUGUCAAAAAAUGGAUGCAAUAUAAAUAAUUCCAAUGUAUGGAUGAACGAACAAAAUGGGAAUAACAAAUCGGCAAAAUGCAAUCGAGACGUUGAAAAAAAUUCCAACGUUUUGCACAAAAAUGUUCACACAAUUGACAGUUAUCAGGGUUGUGAAAAUGACUUAAUUAUUAUAAGCACAGUUAGAUCGAAUGAUAAACAUAUGCUUGGUUUUCUGAAUGAUGAAAAGAGGUUAAAUGUUUUGCUGACUCGAAUGAAGAAGGGAAUUAUCAUUGUUGGAAAUUCCAAAACGUUAAUGAACAACUUUUUUUGGAAAGAGUUUAUUUCCUUUCUGGACUUUUUCAAAUCCAGGAAAUCCGUCUUUACCUUACCCUUCAUGCGCAAUUGCAAAUGA